AUGACAAAGACCGCACAAGAAGACUGCUGGCAUGACAUAAGAGACCCAAAGCAGAGGAAACAGAUUCAAGAUCGUCUGGCGCAACGAGCUCGCCGUAGACGGCUCAAGGCCACGGCCGCUGCGCCAUCGAUCAGGUCUUCGAAAAGCUCAGACAGCAGCGCAGCGGACGCAGACGCUUAUUGCUCGUCAGGAUCAGAUCUGCAACCGGCAUACCCGUCAGCGCUGAAGAAGCGCCAUGUAGAGGCUUCGAAAGCCUUUCUGAAGGAAGUCAUCAACUCGCCUGAGCGCACGCCUCUGACAUCCGCAGUAUAUUCAAUCUUCCACAGCCCGACCAACGGCAAAAUUGCACGUCAGGUGCCAGUCACUGUAUAUCAGGCAAUGUUCAAUAACGGCAUGAUUCUUGGCUUGACGUGCGCGACUGUGGUGCCUCAGAGAUCGCCACCAGCGCCAAAUGCGCCGCCUGCGCUCCAGCCAACGAAGCUGCAGAUGGAAGUGGUGCACUUACCCUGGAUUGAUCGGUUUCCGUUUCCUAGUUGGAGGGAUAAUAUGAUCAGGAUGCAGUUGGAAUUCAACGACGAGGAAUUCCUGUGUGAUUGCUUCAACAUGGACUGUUUCCGGAUCAGGGAAGGGGGUGUUGGGUGGGAACCGGGGGAUUGGUCUCGCCUGCCUCGCUCGAGGAAUCCCGCCAACUCCACCGAAUGGGGUGCCUUCACCCACUUGCCGUUCGCCGGCUUUGCGAAUAGCGGCCAGGCUGGGAAGGAGACAUGCAAGCAACUACGUCGAGAAUCAACGAUCUCAGUCCAGCAGAGCAAAUUUCUGUACGACGACCUUCCCCAGAUCGCCGCCGCGGUUGGCUCGCACCCUCUCGUGGUUGAUGAGUAUAAGAAGUAUGCAGACGCGCCAGAGGAGGAGCAGCGCAAGGUGCACAAGGCCUGGGCACGGCUGUCCGGCUCAUCAGUAUGGCUGCCGGAUCAGCAGGUGUAUUUCGUGGUGACACGUGUCCUGUUCCAUGAGCGAAAUAACAUCGAUUGGCCUUUCAUGAGCUGGCUCCGCGGCCAGCUCUACGAUGAAGACUGGAACCACCUGGACGGACAUUCGAUCCAAUGGGGCGGACAGACCUUCACAUUCCCGACCAUAUUCGACGUCGACGCCGACUACGACCGAGGCGGCAUCUUCUACGGCCCUGAAGACCCUAGAAUAAUCAUCGAGGAGGGUGUAGAUGGCGCAGAGCCCGUCAUUCUAUACAACAGUAUCAAGAAAGAAUUCGAGUGGAAUCGCGCCAUGUAUCUAUACCGGCCAUUCUCCGGAACAAGUACAGUCGCCAAAUUCACAGACUCCGGCAGGAGAGGAACCGAGAAGAAUUGGGCACCCUUCUUUGUUCCAUCAGAUGACCCUAAAUCCAACAAGCGACAGCCUAACGAGUAUUUGCACUUCGUACACACCUUCGACCCACUGACCAUCGCGCGCUGCCACCUUAAGACCGGCCUCUGCGAGCACGUCUACCCGGAAGACCGCACCGACAACAACGAUAGCCUCAUGCGCGGCGGCACGAACUUCGUCCCGAUACCACUCCCCGAGUCAUCCUUCUCUAAGAACCAAGUCCAGGCAUGGGCCGCCUUCCCACGCACAACCAUCGACAAGACCUGCGGACUGACCCGCUUCUACCGACCCGAAUUUCUCGUCAUGGUUCGCAUCAAUGGCGCCUUCCAUAUCGCGUAUAUCAGCGCGCCGACGGAUUUUGGGAAUGCAGUCAUCGAUCUGGCGCCUGAUGAGGAUCCGUGCGUCAAAGGACGCAUUAUGCUACCGAACAGUAUUGCACACUGGGAUAGCCGGCCCAGCCACGAUAUCCUCACGCUCACCAUGUCGGUGGAUGACGCCUCCGUGCAGAUUCUGCGUGUGCGUGGCUUCUUAGAUCUAGUUCUGGGACUGCCGAUCAUUCAGGAGGCGGUCUACGGAGAAGGUACCCUGAAGAACGAGACGUGGAAGGAUGGGGAACUGAUGCACAAGAAGAGUUCAGAUUUGCUCGAGUGCUCGAUUCUGUCGGCGAGGCAGGAUGCGCAUCUGACUGGGUGGGUGGCGGAUGCGCAGAGGGACAGAGUGCCUGUGCAUAAUGACAAAGGUGAGGUGGUGGGAUAUAGAGGGGAUCAUGAGAAACACAAGGAAAAAUAUGAAGAGGAGGAGGAGAAGGGGGAGGAGAAGGAGUAG